AUGGACUCUCAUACUGUCGGCGUUUUAGGUGGAGGUCAGCUUGGGCGGAUGCUGGUCGAAGCUGCCCAUCGUCUCAAUAUCAAAGUAGCUAUUCUGGACAGCGAAAAUGCCCCAGCCAAGCAAAUAAAUCAAAUUGCUGCCGCCGCACAUAUCACAGGCUCAUUCGCAAAUGCUGAAGACGUGAGACAUUUUGCUGCCAAAGCUGAUGUUUUGACCUACGAGAUAGAGCACGUCGACACUCAAGUCCUGGAAGCACUCGACAGUGAAUCACCUUUUGUUGAAGAUAGUCAGUCAUGGCGACGAAUACAGCCAAGUUGGCGCACAGUACGACAGAUACAGGACAAGUUUGUUCAGAAGCAGCAUUUUGCUGAGAAUGGCAUUCCUACAGCAGACAGCAAAGGUGUGGGUACUACGAGUCCUCAAGGACUAAAAGAAAUCGGGUUGGAACUUGGAGGAUUCCCGAUAAUGCUCAAGGCAAGGACACAGGCAUACGAUGGACGAGGAAACUACCCUAUCAUGAACUUGUCAGACAUCGAACCAGCUCUCAGAGCAUUGGCAGACAGACCACUGUACGCUGAACGUUGGGCAAGCUUCAAGAAAGAACUGGCUGUGAUGGUUGUCAAAACGAAGCAAGAAGCGAACGUCGAUACCUACGACCAAACUACCCUCCCAUUCCCUGUGACAGAGACGAUCCACACAGAUAGUAUCUGCAAAUUGACCUUUACACCACCUCGGGGCGUUCCUAUCAAAAUUCAGAGGCAAGCACAGGACCUGGCGCGGAAGGCGGUAGCAUCUUUCGAGGGUACAGGCGUGUUCGGUGUCGAAUUGUUUCUUCUGGAGGACGACAGCAUAAUAGUCAACGAAAUUGCCCCACGCCCUCACAACUCUGGACACUACACAAUCGAAGCAUGUCACAUGUCGCAAUACGAGGCUCAUCUCAGGGCCAUUCUGCCAGGACUUGCCGACACAAUUGAACCAGGAGCAACAGACCUAGCAGUCAACGCGGCAGUAAUGCUAAACAUCCUUGGUGGACCAGAACCAAAUUCCCAUCUCCUCGUCGCGAAAGCAGCGCUCAAAGUACCCGGCGCAAAGAUCCACCUCUAUGGCAAAGGCGACGGCCGUCCUGGCCGAAAGAUGGGACACAUCACCAUAGUCGGCAAAUCGAUGUCCGAAGUCGAGCGCAAGAUUCACCCACUAAUAAUAACGGCGGACUCGGUUCGUGCUCAUAAACACUCGGAGAGAACAUCCGACGAAGCAAUUCAAGCUACUGCCGAUGAACUACUCAAGCUCAACCCAGCACCACCCGAGAAGCCGCUGUUAGCCAUUGUCAUGGGCAGUGACACCGACCUCGCAACACUAAGACCAGGCUUGGAACUCCUUGACAAAAUGCCCAUCCCUUACCUCGUCACCAUCACUUCCGCCCAUCGCACACCACAACAUAUGCUAAACUUCGGCAAAGCAGCCGCAAGUCGAGGCUUCAAAGCCAUCGUCGCCGCAGCCGGUGGCGCAGCCCAUUUACCCGGUAUGAUGGCCUCGGAAACCACAGUUCCCGUCAUCGGCUGUCCUGUCAAAGCAUCCUCCAUGGACGGACUGGACUCCCUCUUCGCGAUUGUGCAGAUGCCGCGAGGUAUUCCAGUGGCUACGGUGGGUAUUGCCAACAGCACGAACGCGAUCUUGUUAGCGGCACGGAUCAUUGGCACGAGCGAGCCGAAGGUGCAGGAGUGGCUGGCGGCACAUUUGCAGCAGAUGGAUGAUGAGAAUAUGGCCAAGGCGGCGAGAUUGGAGAGUGAGGGAUGGCAAACUUACAAGAAGCUGGAUCAAGCUAUGCCAUUGUCGUUCAAGUGA